UAUCAUUUUAUGCGAUGUUUUGUGUUCAGUUUCCAGAAAAUAUCGCGGCACGAAACGCUUCAUUGUGUUUGUUGUGAAAUUAAAACAAAACAAACCCAGUAUAAAGAAGGAGUUCUAGAAGAAAACAAUUCAUAAACCGCAUCGAACCACUGUAACGUCGUGUGGCGGUGUACGUUGAGAGUAUUUGCAAUUAAUUACAUUGCACCCAGAUAUACCAAGGAUUAUCAAUUUUUAAGACAUGGAUGAACUAGGUCGUGAUUAUAUUACUGCUGCUAGACAGCUGACGACGAAUGGGUGCUACAGUAAAGCCUUUGACUUUUACAUGAUGGCCUUCGAAAAAAGUGCCGAAAUGAAAUCUAUACAUGAAGCCGAAUUCCGUGUGGUGAUGACUCGGUUGAAUGAAGUCCUGACAUCCGCCAAUAAAAUGGAAGACAUAUUCAUAAACUUCACACGUGCACUCCUAUCAUUUCCCAAUAAUAUCUACAUUUUGAAUGACAUGGGAAAAUUUCUCUUCACAUGUGGGUUCUAUGAAGCAUGGGACUAUUUUGAGGACGCAAUAAAAUUAGAUUCCACAUACGUCAAUGCUGAGAAGAAUUUUAAUUCUCUGAAAAACCUUCUUGUUGAACGUUGGCACUUCAGAAUGUUGAAUGACAAAAUUCGCAAUGAAGCAUACCAUACUGCUAUACAUGACACUGUCAUCCCUAACAUGGAUUCUGUUAUAGAUGUGGGAACAGGUACUGGAUUGCUGUCACUGUAUGUUAGUGAAUGUUCACCCAGAAUGAUAACUGCUUGCGAUGGAUCCAAAGUAAUGAGUGAACUUGCCAACCUGAGUACGCAGGCACAUGGCUUAGAUCAGUGUGUUGUUAUAAAUAAAAUGUCUACCGAAAUGCUGGCUGAGGAAAUAGGUGGUAAGCAUUCUCUGCUUGUCACAGAGAUGUUUGAUGCAGGCUUGUUCGGAGAACAUAUCCUUCAAUCUGUACUGCAUGCCUGGGAUAAUAUAUUAACUGAUGAUGGUAGAGUGAUCCCAGGCAAGGCAGAAUUCUUUGUCAUUGGAGCCAAAUGUGAUUUUCUGCACAGAAGAUAUCAAUUGUGUUCAUCAAUAAAAGAACUCCUACAGAUUCCAAAUCUUAAUGUGCAUGUUCUGCCGUUUGAUGAGACGUAUGAUAGUGAGGAUGUCCAUCUUUAUGGUGAUGACAUAAAAUAUAUGACAGAGCCCCAGUCUCUUUUGAAAGUUGAUUUCAACAACUAUCAGGGAAUAUUGAAUCUUAUUGAGAAUGACCAUUAUGAAGUAGAAGCAGUGGCUCUAGAAAGUGGGGAGAUUAAUACAGUGAUUGGCUAUUUUAAUUUGUAUUUGACAGACAAGGUAACUAUAACUUCUGAUCCAAGGUCUGAGCUGAGAGCCAAUGCAUGGCAACAGGCUAUCUUUUUUGAUAAACUUCCAAUACAAGUUCAAGAAAACGAAAUAAUCCCAAUGCAUUUCUCAUUGAAUGAAGGUAAAUUGACAAUGUACAAAGAUGAUCCCAUCAUGAGAAUAUCUCCAGAAGUAGUCAGAUUUCUGAAUGAUACUGAGUUUAUAAAUACAAUAUCAGGAUGCAUUGGCAUUGCUUGUGUUUAUCUGGGUCAGACAGCUGAAAUGUCUCAAAUAAGUAUACUGGAUUUGUGCCCAUUUCCACUCUUUGGCCUUCAUCUUCUGAAGAGGGGUGCUAAGUCACUAACAUGCUGUGCAAGAACUGAUGUUGACCUUACAUUCUUCAAAAAAGUUUUUAAAGCUAACAGUGUAGCUUUGUCUAAUAUCACUAUUUUAAUAGGUGAGGACUGGUCCCAGGAUGUGUUCAAAGAUGAAAAGUAUCAUGCCAUAUUUUUAGAUAUUUUUGAAGUCUGUGGAGAUAUUGACCUGCGACUAAAAGAAAUGGGUCAGCACUUAAAACAACAUCAUCUCCUUCAAGGAGGACUUUUUUUGCCAGAUAACGUCAAGAUCAUGGGCCAAAUUGUAAAAAGUAACUGGUUGGACAUCAACAACAGACUGUUUGACGAGAAUGUCAGCAAUUACAAGAUUUCAAGGUACUUAAAUUCAUACAAAGUGUCCCAGAACUUCUGCAUUGACUUUAGUCAUUUGGAGUAUACCCCAUUAUCAGAGCCUUUCCUAUUAGGAACAAGCGAAGAUCCCUUAGGAAUAGAUGUGUUGGAAGCACCAAUAACUAAAGAAGGACACUCCAGUGCUAUUUUGUGCUGGUAUGUGAUAGAAUUGAUGAAGGAUCAAAAUGAGAUCUCAACCAACAGAAAAUAUUGUUUCAUAGAUGGGAUAGUAUUUAUGACCAACCCAAAACACGCCUCAUUGCUGGUCGAACAGCUCAAAUACCCGCUGCAUAGACGCUGAUGGAGCAUUUAAGUUUACAAUGCAUGCAGAAGCAACUUAAAAUGGAAAAUUACUUAUUGAAGAAAAUUUUCCAUGAUCUCAAUAAAUUAGUACUUUUAUAAGGGGUUUAUCUUUGUUAGGACGAUGUUGAGUUCUCGUCUAUUUUGACGAACACUGUAUUUUACGAGCUCUUUAUGAUAUUACAUUUUAGUUGAGAAAAGUGAUACGUAUUGGAAUCGUUGGAGCUUAUCUUAUUGAUAGCUACUAAUAAGUAAGAAUGUUCAUAUUAACAUAAGAAAGAACUUUCGAAGAGACCACUUAGACUUGUUUAAUUUUUGCCUAUGCUAUCGUGUAGGUUGUAGCAGUUACAUUCACCAUAACUCAUUGUAAGAUAUUAAGCCAUUCUCCAAAAUUGCUUUACAGAUUUCAAUUAGCCAAAAUGGGUAAAUUCGUAUUUCGUCAGGUAUGGCCUAAUAUUUGCCUAGACACCUGAAUUAUUUCAAUAAUGAUGUUAGCUACCAUAUCAGCAUUUAUCUGUAAAGGUAAAUAAAAUCUAUCGAGCUUUAUAAGGCACCUAUGUAAAGCUGCUUCCUAAUUAUUUUGUAGUGGGUACAGUACAGAUAUACAUACAUACUCUUAUAUCUUCUGCAUAUCAGGUUAUUAGAAUACAUUUCUAUGUGUGAUUUCAAGUGGUUUUUUUUUUUUAACUGAUGACUUUUAAGUAGGUAGGUACUUAAUUUUAUAAAGAUCAUAACUUAUGGGAAUUGCUGUUAGAUCUAAAUUGGAAUUUGUUACCAUAUCAUAAUAACCACGAAAUAGUUUUACUUAAAACAUGAUAAAUCUCCAAUAAGCCAAAAUAAAAAAUAAGGCAGACCAAGCGUGUUUACAAGGCUUUCACAAUAGCGGGUUUUCCGCGCGGAUCGUACGGACGGCUAUUUCAGUGUAAAUAGCAUAAUGUAGCUUAAGUCAGGUGACUCGAUCAACUGUUCCUGCUCAAGGGAAAUAUGUGUUGGAGUAUUCAAUGUUAGCUGUAACUAGUAGUGUAUCAAUUUUAAUAGUGUUUUAUAUAUGAUUACUGUAUUAGUAUUCUAAUAAAGUACUAAUUGUCUGA